GUAAAAAAGAAGAAAGAAAAUACCUUGAUCACUACAAAAAUUCCAAACUGAUUUGGAUACGCGACCGAACAGAAUUUGUGAAAGAAUUCUCUCAAGGUUACAAUUUAAGCCACCAUAAAUAGCAGCAACAUAAAAACAACGAAAAGGAGAAACGAAGUAUGUCUAAAAUGUAGGAAUAAACAAUACAUAUGUAGUGAUUUCAAAAGCUCCAUAUCUUUCUGCAUCUCUUGUGUUUCUACACGAUAAUUAACGUCUUCACCCAUCUCUUACAGUUCAUACGUACUCCCUGAUUGCAACUUUUCAAACUACAUAAUAUAAGAUGCUAUUGCAUGAAAAAUCAAUCAUGUAAUGCAUUGAAGGUAUAAUAUAUUGCAACUCUAUACUCUUAAUUACGCAUAUAAUACUUGAUCAAUAUUUUCUUGUUCAUAAACAAUUAAAAAUCAUUCAUGCCAUUACUAGAAAGAGAUGAUGAAAGCCAAAAGUGUUCUCACUGAUAUGCCAAGAGAUAUACCAUAUGAUAUAAAGACUGGUUAUGAGUGCCUUUAAGGGGUUAAACUAAGACAUGAAUGGUGUGAUUGGGUUUGGGGUUAAUUAUUCCUCCAAAAUCUAGGAUUAUUUGUUGGCUCUUAUGGAGAGGAAGGCUGCAAACGAAGGACAAAUUGAGCAGAUUCUUAACCACAAAUACAAAUUGUGAUAUGUGUAAUAGAAAAGAGGAAUUAACUACUCAUCUCUUUUGGCAAUGUGAAUUUGCACAGAAAUGAUACUUUUCAUAUAAAGUUUUAGUCUAAUUACCUUGAAGAAGUUGGAGUAGAGUUGCAGAGAAUUAAAUACACAUUCUUAAGCACUUGCAUUACUGAGAAAAUAAAAAUCAAGUGUAUCAACAUCAAAGAUGAACAUAAAUGUGCAGCAGAUGGAUAUUGAAAUGCAACAUAAAUGUGCACCAUGUGAAAUUAAAGGCUGGAUGAAGAACUCGAAGAUCACAAACAAUGCCUUAGUGCAUAAAAUGUAAUAAACUCAUCUGUCAAUCCUUUGUCAUCGUAAUUCUUAACAAGCUGUUGAAUCACCGACUAGAAGCGCAGCUCAGGUCACUGCUGUUGCACCGCAUCGGAGGGCUGCUGCCGCCGCACAGGACUCGCCGACCUAGUAGCCACUGUGGCUUCCACCGAGAGCCACCAUCGUCUUCGUCAGAGCAGCCGCCACCGCUCAAAAAGCCAAUCGCUACCUCUGCCGGCUCUCAGGGGAAAGUCAUCACUAGGAAUAGUAGCCCCAAUCCUCACUACUCUUCUCCGAUCUCUUUUUUCGGUACCUCUCUAAUUGGGAACUCAUUAAUCUUGGUUAUCGAGAAGAAAAUCAAUCCUGUGAGAAAAAUUGAGAAGGAAUCUUGGAGAGAGGAUGUUGAAGACCUGAUUUUGGGGAGAGAAGAUCGCAUUAUUUAAGAGAGAGAAACCAAAAUAUGAGAAUAGUACAUAUUUGCCCCUAUGAAGUGCCGAAGAUAGAAGGCUUUAAGAGGUCUGAACCAUUAAGUGUUGAACCAGUAAGAGGUCUGAACCAUUAAGAGCUAGUAUAUUGUUUAACUAUUCAGAGGCAAAUGUCUGAUCAAUUCAGAUAAGAGCUCUUAACCAUUCAGACUCUCUGGCAGGUUAGCACCUAUCUUCACACAAACCAGCACCAAUUGGGGAAAUUCGUGAGUCUAAAGACAAUUGUGAGGAGUCCGUGACCGUACCCUUGCCGGAGGACGCCAGAAUUGAAGAAGACCCGCCGGGAGACUACGAAACAGGUGUUUGCAGCGCUGGUUCCAAGUUCCAACCAAAACUCCGGAAGUCGCAGGCUCGCCGCUAGCCAUCCAAGUUACCAGCACCGCUGCAGUCCUAUUCCGACGAGUGGCAACCAAUACGUUUCUGAUUUGGGUAAGCUACUCAGUUGCAUGACUGGACCGAGUAGAUCAAUCUUUUUAUGUAUCUGAACUUCUGACGGGAGCUUACACAGGAAGAUAUAUUUUCUUCUUCCCAGAAAUGAUGUGGACGAAAAAGUUCAUGAGUUUUACCGCAUUAUCAAGAACCCUCUUUUACCAAUACCCAAUCCUUUCUCCAGCGUUAUCUAGAAUCCCAUUUAAUUUCUACUCUCAAAUUUCAAUUUCAUCAUCAUCACCAUCAUCAUCAUCAUCUUCUCCAACCCAUAUUAAAGAAGCCUCUCCUUCUAGAUUAUUUCUGUGCCAAAGGCUUCAUUUUCCAGGAGGAAAUAUAUGUUCACAGAGUGCAAAAUAUUUUUGCACUGUAUCUGCCGAGAAGCUGAAGUGUUGGAACUGUAAUUCUGAGGCUCCAAGAACCCACCCGUUUCUUGUUUGUGAAAUUUGUGCUAGCAUUCAACAUGUUGAUGAAACCAUUGAUUAUUUUCAAGUUUUUGGAUUGGAGAAAAAAUAUGAUAUAGAAUGCAAGAAUCUUGAGCACAAGUACAAAGACUGGCAGAGGAAGCUCCAUCCCGACUUGGUUCAUACAAAAUCUGAGAAAGAAAAGGAGUUUGCUGCUGAACAGUCUGCGCGUGUAAUUGAUGCGUAUCGCACACUCUCAAACUCAUUGUCAAGAGCAAAAUAUCUUGUGAAGCUGGAAGGUUGGUUUGUAGAUGAAGAAGAGCGUAUUUUGGAUCCAGAGUUACUUGCGGAGAUUAUGGAGAUUAGGGAAACUAUUGAAGAAUCAGCUGACCCACAAGCGUUGAAACAUAUUAAGGCACAGGUACAAGAAAAGUACGAAGAGCGGGCAAGAGCUUUUGCUCUUGCUUUUGAGAAUAGAAAUGCAGAAGAAGCUCUUUCGUCUAUCCAGAAAAUGGCGUACUACAAGCGGGCAAUUGAAGAAAUUGUAAAAAAGCAAUGACAAUUGCCAAGAAAUGAUUUUCCAAAACAAUGAACCAAAUGACCUUUGAAUGUGUAGAUGAAUGAUUAGAUAUGAGCAUGUUGCUUGUGAUUCUAAAUUCCACAAUUUUAUUUUUUAGUGAAGUUGAGUGGAUAAAAAAUGUGAUACAAUUCUCGAAAUUCAAUGAAAAUUGUAAUUGAAUAAAAAUGAGAAUCGGAU